GAAUUAAAGCAGACUUAGAGGCGUGUGUGUGUGUGUGUGUGUGUGUGAGGGAUGUAGGUCAAGGCGAUACAGUGGCAGCAGAUUGCUCAUUAAGUGCCAAACCAAGCAAAAGUCUCUGUUUUCCAGUGGCACCGGGCCGGCCAUCUGCUCCUCCUUUAUUCAUUCAUUAAGACGUCUUCAUUGUGUGUGUGCGUGUGCACGUGUGCACAUACAUGUGGAAGCAUUCAUCACAACAGCCACUUGCACAACGUCACCCCGUGUUGUUGUCCAAAAGCAGCAGUAGCGUGUCGGAUGGCCGCAUCAUGUGACCACGGCGGCCGGUGAUUGGACGGCACAAGCAGCUAAAACGGAUGGCGCUGUCCCGGCUUGGGACUUUCUGGUGAGGGUGAUGCAGUGACCACAGACUGAAGGAAAACCUGGACUGGCUGGAGAAGAAGCCCAAAGAGAACGGAGAGUCAGGAGAUGAUGUAGCCAAAGACACGAUGGUCCAGCAGCUGAAUGAAUGUGUGACGAGUUUGAGAUUUAACCAUCACACCUGAAAAAGGGCCUUCCCCAAUAAAACCAAAGUAGUCCUGUACCAAAGCAACCAGAUCCAAACCAAAGGACCAGAGCCUGAAUCUAUCACCUGACGUCUGAGAAUAGCUUGAAGAAUGAAGCUGGAGAGCAGCCUGUCAGACAUGAGCGCCUGGAGGGAGCUGGACUUUGCUCUCAACUGCACCUACAUUGUUCCAGACCAGGUGUCGGACCCGAGCUUCAGCCUCCCCAAAGCCAUGACCUCCAUCCCACGCAACCUCACCUUCGACUACAGCGCAGACAAUGAGGUGACAGGUGUGUUCAGCAAGGAGUACAUCCCUCAGGGAACACGCUUUGGCCCCCUGCAAGGAGACCUCUACACCAAAGACAGCGUACCAAAAGAGGCCAACAGGAAGUACUUCUGGAGGAUUUACAGCGGCGGUCAGCUUCAACACUUCAUCGACGGCUACGAUGUCCAAAAGAGCAACUGGAUGCGUUACGUGAACCCGGCGCGCUGCCUGGCCGAGCAGAACCUGGUGGCCUGCCAGAACGGCCGGGACGUCUACUUCUACACCAUCCGGCCCGUGGAGCCCAAGCAGGAGCUGCUGGUGUGGUACAGCCAGGAGUUUGCUCAGAGACUCUGCAGCCAGCAGGAUGACCUCCGACACAAGCACAGUGAUGAAGAGCAUCCCAAACAGUAUCUACCUCAACAGACAUUUCUUCAGGACAGAACGAAGGAGGAGGUGAAGCAGCAUCUUGAAGAAGACGGUGAGGAGAAGAUUGACGUGGAGAUGUUGGAGAGAGACACUCCUCCUGACACGCCUGACGAGCAGAUCGUGGACUUUAGCAGAAAGAUGGAGAGGGAGGAAGAACCAGAAGGCCGAGGCGUCAUUCCCUCCCCUCAGCACGACCACAGGGAACCCCCGCUGGGCUUCAAUCACCCCUACCUAUCCGACCACCACCCCACUCUGCCAGCUCCACACCGAGGCCUCCCGCUUCACCUCCAUGGCCUCUACGGCCACAGGGAGGGCCUGGUCUCCUCUUACUCGCCGCUCUACUCCCACUCCAGACAUCUUCAGCCUCCUUACCAGUUCCUCCCACCGUACGGUCCUCACUAUCCUCGCCUCGUCCUCCCUCCCUACUCCCCUCCCUUCCCCAGCAUCAUUCCUUCACGAGGAUCCCUCCGGUACAGCAGCUACCUGGGCACUGACGGAGUGCCGUACCCCCCCAUCGCUCCACCCAACCUGCUCCCAGGGUCCCUGCCAUUCGCUCCGUCUUCUCAAGGAGGCCUGAAAGAAUUAACCCCAAACGUUUCACCACCAAGAGGCGCUCCAGCCACUCCGGAGCUGUCUCCGCCUGCCAAACCUGACAGCUACCAUCCCUCUCUGGAGCAGUCUCCCUCCAGCUGUGAGGAGGCCAUGAACCUCAGCCUGGCUUUGAACAAGAGCAGCACAGCGCCGCGGAACGGACCUGGACACAAAUCCCUGCCCUACCCCCUGAAGAAGCAGAACGGAAAGAUUAAAUACGAAUGUAACAUCUGCUCCAAAACCUUCGGACAGCUCUCCAACCUAAAGGUCCACCUCCGAGUGCACAGCGGUGAGAGACCCUUCCAGUGUCAUUUGUGCAAGAAGAGUUUCACCCAGCUGGCCCACCUCCAGAAACAUCACCUGGUCCACACCGGAGAGAAACCCCAUGAAUGCCAGGUGUGCCACAAACGCUUCAGCAGCACCAGCAACUUGAAAACACACCUGCGACUGCACUCAGGGGAAAAACCUUAUCAGUGCAAAUUAUGCAACACCAAGUUCACCCAGUACAUCCACCUGAAGCUGCACCGGCGCCUCCACAGCAGCCGCGACCGGCCCUACCGCUGCGCGCUCUGCUCACAGACCUUCUUCCACCGAUUCAGCCUCUUCAUCCACCAGCACAGCUGCUGCCUGGCCAACUCCUCCUCUCCGGUCAACGUGCACAUGAAGGAGAUGGUGGAGCGCUUCGACGCCAGCCAGGAGGCAGACACGCUCACAGAAACCGCCUCCGCCUCUCAGGUAGGGGAAGCUGUGGAGCACUGGCUGGCCCGUACGCUGGAAGGAGAGGGGAAGGAGGACCAGAGGGAGGCCACGGUUCUGCUGAAAGCCCUGACCGCCGCCAUCAACGCACCGGUAACACCUAUGGUCCCGACCGCGUUGCCGGUGUCUCACCACAGCCCUACUUUGGGCUUCCAGGAGCGGGCCAGCGUGGUUCAUCUCCACCGACGGCCAACAGUAAAAACAGAGGGACAGUGAGGGCAGGGUCCUGAAGAUUCACCAAAAAAAUGUACAAAAGACGGGCGUGGCCAAAGUCAGUGGCUGAUUUUGCUUCAAAGUGUCAACGGGAAUUUCUCCUGAUCCAAUGAGAGCAGCACCAAAAUAAGAGCAUUCCAAAGAGAGAAUGAUGCUCGUCCCAGAGCUGACGACAAACUGUGACGUAUUUAAAAACUUUCACUCAGGUAGAAAACUGUUUGCUUUGUUGUGCUUUAACUUAUUAUUUCUGAAACUGGUUUUGUUGAUAUUUAUUUAGAUGUUUAAGAGUUGUUUUUGUUAGUUUUUUGUGUUCAGCGAUUUGAUAACGUUUUGUCAGUGGACGGCGUUGGAUCAGUUAUCACCUGUGAACCUGCUUAUGGAGACACAAAGCCAAUCAUUUAUUUAUUUACGUUGAAAUGGAAAAGCCAUUGCCAAAAUAUUAACGUGUUUGUGGAUCGUUAUUCACAUUGUUCCAGCUCCAGAGGAGGAAGGACAGAGAUUCAGUCUAAGCAUUACUCACCUUUACUUUUCUUUACCUGAACAGAACAAACCGAAUCAGAAAAUAUUCACACAUUUGAGUAAAACUGUUAACUUACUGUAAAUGUGUGAACAGAAGCUCCAUCCAAACCUGACUUCAGUAACUCACAUUCAGCAACAUUCAUGUUUUGUAGCCGUGGGAUAAAAAUCAGUUUCAUUUUUGAGUUUUGGUGAAAACCUCCAGAACCUUCCUGUAAAAACACUGCUGAGUCUGAAAUGUAGUUUUAUUUCUGUUUGUUUUUUUACUUUGACUUUUGUACAGACUGUUAUGUAGUUUAUUUUUUACAAACAGGUUAUAAGAUACUCAGGAUUUAUACGUGAGAGACUAUUUUGAUGAUACUUUUAUAUAUUUACUUGAAGUAGCACAUUAAAAUAUUGUUUCUAUAAAAUAAA